AUAUCCCCAUCAGUCUACAAGUGAAGACGAGCCUCAAAGCAUCAGAAAAAAGAGUUUAUUGAAGGACAGAGAGAACAUGAGAGAUCCAGAACCCUGCAGAAUGAAACGCACUGAAGAACAAACAGAACCUGGAUCCUUCUUCUACGCAGCCAUGAUGUUGUAAUCGAUGCAGUAUGUGGUCUGGCAUUGUCGUGUUGAAAUAAUGCAAGUUCUUGCCUGAAAGAGACAACUUCUGGAUGGGAGCAUAUGUUGUUCUAGAACUUGGAUAUACCUUUCAGGAUUGAUGGUGCCUUUCCAGAUGUGUAAGCUGCCACAGUCCAUUUUAGAUGGCCCAGAGAAAACACCUUCUGGAUCAUGUUUAGACCUAAUGGAGAAACAUCAUGUCAAAAAUGAAAAAAUCAAUGUCAAGUCACAGACUGAGGGUAUCUCUUUACUGGACACAAGAGACAAGAAAAGUUAUGGCUGCUCUCAGUGCGGCAAGAAUUUGACAUGCAAGAAGAGUCUGAAGAUUCACAUGAAGAUCCACACGGGAACGAAACCUUACACAUGUGAGCAGUGCGGGAAGAGUUUGACAUGCAAGAAGAGUCUGAAGAUCCACAUGAGGAUCCACACAGGAGAAAAACCGUACACAUGUGAUCAGUGCGGGAAGAGUUUCAGGCAACAAGGACACCUGAAGGACCACAUGAACGUCCACAGCGUGGAGAAGCCGCACCCAUGUGGUCAGUGUGGCAAGUGUUUCGCUUACAAACAGAGUCUCAAGGCUCACAUGAAGAUCCACACGGGAGAGAAGCCGUACACGUGCGAUCAGUGCGGGAAGAGAUUCAGACAGUCGUCGCACCUUAAAGAGCACAUGAACAGCCACGGUGUAGAGGAGUUGUACACAGCCAAGAAAUCUUUCAUCUGCACUGAGUGUGGAAAGACUUUGACGUAUAAAUACAGUCUCGAUGUUCACAUGAGGAUCCACACCGGAGAGAAACCCUACACGUGCUAUUACUGCGAAAAGAGCUUCACGCAGUCGGCAAACCUCAAGGACCACAUGAAGAUCCACACCGGGGAGAAACCGCACGAAUGCGAUCAGUGCGGAAGAACCUUUCUGUGGAUCUCAAACAUGAAGAAGCACAUGGCGGUUCACUCCGCGGAGAAACCGCAUGCGUGCCCUUCGUGCGGCAAGAGCUUUUCGUGUCUGCGAAGUUUAAAAGUGCAUCAGAGGAUACACAGCGGUGUGAGGGAUUACAUGUGCUGCGAGUGUGAGAAGACCUUUCUGACCGCCGAUAAACUGAAGCGGCACCAAAGGAUCCACACCGGAGAGAAACCUUACAAGUGUUCACACUGCGGCAAGAGAUUCAGCCAGCUAGAAACCCUGAAGUCCCACGACAGGAUCCACACCGGAGAGAAACCCUAUCACUGCGCUGCUUGCGGGAAGAGCUUCAAUCGAUCGUCUUCUUUACACAGGCACACGAGAAACAAGCACAACAAGAUCUUCAGAGCCAGCUCUUGAAGCUCUGACCGGACAUGCAUCUAGACCUAAAAUAUCUUCUGUGUGAAUCUGUCCAGACAAAGAAGCGCCA